CCAGGCCUUGCCACACGGGCUCCGUUUGCGCCUUGACGAGCCCAGCCAGCGGAGGCGGGAGGCGACGACGGGCGGGCGCCGCGAGGAGCGUUAGCGGCCGCGGCCUCCGGCUUCCUCCGCCUCCUGCUCGCCCCCUCCUCCCCCCGCUUCCCGAGCCCGCGCGGCCCGGCCACGCUCGGCGCGGCUGCAGGAACAAAGGAGGACCCCGCGGCGGCGCCUCCUCCGCCCGCGGCCCGUCCCGCUCCCGUCCGCGGCGGCGGCGGCUCCAGGGCGCCCGGCUCGCCCUUCCCGGAGGCCUCGGCCCGACCGCAGCGCCCCGGAGUCGCGCGCAAGCGAGCUCGGCGUGAGCAUCCGGGCCCCGCCGGCAAACAAGGAUGGCUCAGGAGACUAACCAGACCCCAGGGCCCAUGCUGUGUAGUACAGGAUGUGGCUUUUAUGGGAACCCUAGGACAAAUGGAAUGUGUUCUGUUUGCUACAAAGAACAUCUUCAGAGACAGCAGAAUAGCGGCAGAAUGAGCCCAAUGGGGACAGCUAGUGGUUCCAACAGUCCUACCUCAGAUUCUGCAUCUGUACAGAGAGCAGACACUAGCUUAAACAACUGUGAAGGUGCUGCUGGCAGCACAUCUGAAAAAUCAAGAAAUGUGCCUGUGGCUGCCUUGCCUGUAACUCAGCAAAUGACAGAAAUGAGCAUUUCAAGAGAGGACAAAAUAACUACCCCGAAAACAGAAGUGUCAGAGCCAGUUGUUACUCAGCCCAGUCCAUCAGUUUCUCAGCCCAGUACUUCUCAAAGUGAAGAAAAAGCUCCUGAGUUGCCCAAACCAAAGAAGAACAGAUGUUUCAUGUGCAGAAAGAAAGUUGGUCUUACAGGAUUUGACUGCCGAUGUGGAAAUUUGUUUUGUGGACUUCACCGUUACUCUGACAAGCACAACUGUCCGUAUGAUUACAAAGCAGAAGCUGCAGCAAAAAUCAGAAAAGAAAACCCAGUUGUUGUGGCUGAAAAAAUUCAGAGAAUAUAAAUUAGUACUUGUGAAGAGACUGAAACUUUGUUUUUAUUUUAAUAUAUCGUAGGAAAACAUUAAAGAGCAGAUGCAUGGCCAUUUUCCUUUGAUGUUCUCCAGAGUUUUACUUUACACUUGUCUGUCUUAUAACUGAUACUUUAGGAUGUUUGGGUGUUUGUUACAGGCAGAUUGGAUAGAUACAGCCCUACAAAAUGUAUAUGCCCUCCCCUGAAUAAAAUUGAAUGAAAAUUGCACAGCAAAUUGAAAUAACAGAUAACAAAAAAAAUUUAGUUCCCAUGUGCCAAACAGAAAAAUGAAAUCUCUGCAUGUUUGCAGCAUAUCUGCCUUUUGGGAAUGUAAUCCAGGUAUAAUCUUGGCUAGUGUUAUGUGCCUGUAUUUUUUUUAAAAUGGUACACCAGAAAAGGACUGGCAGUCUACUUCUACCAUAGUUAAACUCUUCACCCUCUUUAUUUUUCAUGUGUUCUUUGGAGGCAGAAUGGAAGCUAUAAAAAGGAUCACACCUUUCUGUGAAACCAGUGUUUGGUGCCAUGUGUAAGCCUGGUUAAGUUGCUCUUCUAACAGCUGUCAAGGCAUUUUAUGAAAGGUAUACAUCACGGUUAGAAGUAAAACCAUCAAGCCAACAACAGGGUCUUGAGAUAAUCUUUGAGGCUUAUGCUGGCCUGCACCAGAAGAUGUCUUCAUUACUCUCAUUACUGAAAAUGUAUAGCACAGAACUGCACUAGGAUUAAUCACUUUACAAGAAGAAAUUAAAACUGUUUGGUUUUCUUAUAAGCAGCUCUAUUGAAUAACAUGCAUCUGAAUUUUUAAGUUGCAAAGGUAUCUGAACAGUUAAUUUUUCAUGUGCAUCUUUUGUUGAAUGUUUUGGUUCAAGAAAGAAUGUUUAAAGCUUUUUAAAGAUUUCAGUUCUUAAUGUAAUUGUACCCUUCUGCAUGGAAAAUCAUAACCAACAUGGCUGCAGUAGACUUCUUAGUGGUUUCCAGCACCACUUGCAGAGGGCUGCUUUAUCAUAUUGUACUUGGGUGUAGGACUCUAGUGUUCUUGGGUGUAUUGCAUGGGCUGCAUUAUCUACAGCAUUGUACAAUAACAACUAGAAAAGGCAGUAUACUUCACUGAUGCUUGUCUGGUAAUAUCACUUCUGUGUUAUAAUGGAAGGUUCUUUGUGAUGUAUGAAACUUGUGUUUUUUAUAUAUAAAUGAGUAUAGUUAGAUUAGUGUUGUGGUAAUGCCUGUUUUCAUCUGUAAAUAGGUAUGUAUACGAGGCACUACUUCUGAUUUAUUGCAGUGUUUGGUCCUACUUUUUACUUUUAUUAAAGCAUUCAGUUUUGCUUUCAAUUUUAUGUACCUUAGUUCCAAGUUAGAUCUGCAGAUGUGUACAGAUAGUUCAUAUUUAUGUAUUGCACAUAAUCAUGCUAUUCAGCAUUGAUGCUAUAUUGUAUUAUGUAAAUAAUAAAAGCCAUGUACAGAGGGAAACUUCCAUUUGUUCAUUGGGUUUUUAAGCCUUAGGUAGAAUUGUGCAGGAAAAAAAUCAACUUUAUAGUUGCAUGUGACUAUAGACUUUGCAUGGCUGUAGUGUAAAUUUUAUUUUCCACUGGAGUCCUUGAACUCUUUGUCAAGUGCACACUAUGAGUUUGACAUACGGCACAUGAAAGGGCAUUUAAUUUUGAAGAACUAAACAGGCAUCUUUAGGGUCAAAUUGUCAAAACUUGACCAAGGAAUGAAAUUUAAACAUACUAUCCAUACUAUGUUUUAAUCUGUUAUUGUAAUGAUUAAAAACCCUGAAGGGGAAAGUAGACGUGACUUUAUUUGCAAAAAGUUAACUUAGGCUUUGGCUCUAAUGUAGAUAUGGGCCCAGAGACUCUUGUCUUUGUGGCUAUCUAUUGUGCCAGUUAAAAGAUUUACCAUGUAGACUUUGCCCAAAGAGCAACUGAAGCUAAAGAGCAUAGCCACUGUUUGUUCCCCAUGAGGUGUUGAGGGCAGUCCUUAAGCUGGUUCACUUGUACCUGUCAGUUCUUUAUGUGCUGCUGCUUUUGUUUCCUGUGGAGAUGUUUGGGAUUGAAGUCAGUGCUAAAAUGAGGGUGGUAUCCUCAGUAUUGAGGGUAAUCAUAGUGGCUUUGGAAAUUAUUUUGAAAGAAAACUUAAUUUUCCAAUUUUAAAGACCCCAUUAGUGCUACCUCUGUCAGUGAAAAUCCUGGUAGAUGUAAAUCUAGCUAAAAAGUUCUGAAGUCUGCUUCAAGACUUAAAUGAGAAGAUAGCCCUUAAAUCCUUCAGUUUAGAGAAGAGCUUUGACUAGCAGGAAAAAAAUAAAUGUUUAUAUACUUUUACUAGAAACUAGGAGUUGGAUUAGCAGAGAACAUGAUGUGAGAGAUGACGGGAGGGGAGAAGAGCACUGUGGGGCCCCUGCACAGACUCAUAUCUGCAUGUUUCCUCAGUUCUGACUGAACACUUCAACUUUGUAAUGUGUGCUGAGGUUUUAAACGUUUUAAUACUGCUGUGUUUCUCAUAAAUACAUGGUACCAUUUCAACCCAAGUUUUCCUGGAUGGUCCACAGUUAAUGUUAGGCUAAUCCUUUUUUCAGGUCUGAUCUUAUAGUGAGCCUACUCUAAAACUAGGCUUUCAGGUUUGACCCAGGAUGGUUUUUCCUACAGAAUAGGUGUUUGCAAAGGAAAGGAGUUUAACAGUGUAGUUGGGAUCAUGAAUGUUAGGGCCAGGUUAUCAUCUUGGUAAGUUGGCAUUGGUCUGCUUGUUAAAGAUGUUCACUGUUCAGGAAUAUGGACAGCACAUAAAGCUACCUAAGAUAUAGCAUUGGCUAUUGCUCUUUUGAUUUUGAGACAAGGUCUGUAGUUAAGGCUGCUCUUGACCUGCAUCCUGUACCCCAAAUUGGUCUUGAAUUGGUGGUGAUCUUCCUGCCUCAGCUUCCUGUGUGCUGGGGUUAUAGGUAUGUGCCAUAAUUCCCUGUUCUUGCUAAUUUUAAUGUCCUAAAAUGAUUUCUGGAACUAGGAAAGAAAGUUUUUGUUUUGGUUUUUUUUCAGAAUCAGGAAUUGAACUCGGGCUCUUGUGCUUGACAGGCAAGUACUUAUUCUACUAAGCCAUCUCCCUGGCCUCUUAGAUUGUUUAAAGUUCUAUGGGGAGAGGGUUCAAAUUUGUAACUAAGCGUUAAGAGAUUGGAGUCAUUUUUCACCAAUCUACAGAUGUUUGCAUUAAACAAAGUUCUGCCACAUAGUGGAAAUUGGGCAAUUACCUGCUUAGUAAUAACAAGUUGAUAAGCAUAUGUCUGUUAAUAUAAUGCCAAACUUCCAGGUUAAGUUCAAUAUGCGUUAAGCACAGUGGCCUCAUGUUGUCUUAAAAACCUGUUGUGAAGGCACAUGCGUUUUAGGUAAAUUGCAUAGGCUAGAAAGGCUAUGUGAUCUCUUCCACUUGGUGUAAAUAUUUAAUUUGUAUAAAACCUUAAUUUGAUGUUUGUCUUUAUUUGAAUAUACAGAAUUCUUACUGCUUUUGUCCCUAGUGAUUGAGAGUGAUAGAUACAAUUCCUGACUUGAGCAAAAAAUUACAAGUGAUCUCAAAUGGUAAAUAUGCACUAGGCAGCAGGUUUUAAAGAGCAGACCCUUGAAAUUGCACAAAGCCAUUUCACAUGUUUGUCCAGUCUACUUUAAGAAGAGGAACAUGGGGCCAGGGAUGUAGCUCCGCAGCACAUGGGCAUGCCUGGCAAGUGCAAGCUCCUGAGUUCAAUUGCUGGUACCCAAAUAACAGAACAAUGUGUUCAACCAUAUAGAAAAGUGUCUUUUAAUACAGCUGUUAUGUAAAAGCAAAAAAGAACUGUUUGUGUUUUCUGUCAGUGCGUUUUAUUCUAGUGCUACAAGUGAAGUUAAUCACUUGGUUGCUGUUAUUGUAAAUCUUGCUCACAGUGUUGACUUCUGUUCCCUUUUAGCCAGUCGGCAUUGUUAAGUUGUACUGCACAUGAGAUACUUGACUCAUUAACAGUAAAUUGAAGGAAAUUACA